AUGGCUCUCAGCUUCUUUGGCCAUGCGAACCAUGCCAAAUACUUCGAUAUCAGGCUUGAUGAUGACUAUAUCGUCUUCCGUGGAAGCCCGGAUGAGGCUGCCAGUGCGCACCUCAAGGGUACAUUGGUCCUGUGUCUGUCGGAACCAUUGACGAUCAAACACCUAAAGCUACAGCUGGUGGGUGUCUCCCGUAUCGGGUGGACAAUGGUGACCGGAUCGCUCACUGGGACGAGAAAACAAGGAAAAGAGCAAGUGGUGUUUGAAAAGACCUGGAAAUUCCGAGAUGCUGGUAAAGGGAAGACAGAGAUCAUGCCCGCAGACAACUAUGAAUACCCGUUCGAUGUCAUCCUGCCAGGAUCGCUUCCGGAAAGCGUUGAAGGUUUGCAAGAUUCGUGGAUCACCUAUCGUUUGAAGGCAGAAAUUGGGCGAAAAUAUGCAAAGGAUAUCCAUGCAAGAAAGCCCCUGCGCAUCAUUCGCACGCUGGAUCCAAAUGCACUAGAAUUGAUACAUGCCAUAUCCGUUGAGAACAUAUGGCCGAAUAAACUCGAAUAUUGUCUAUCCGUGCCAAACAAGGCUGUUAUAUUCGGCACUAGUGUUACCGUAAAUUUUCGGCUCGUCCCACUCCUUAAAGGCCUAAAGAUUGGUACCGUUCUGUCUCAAUUCAUCGAGACUCACGAACUUGCCAUACCUAGCGAUGAUCCCUCACAACACCGGAAGACCUCAAAAACCUCCAGGACUAUCUUUUCUGACUCUUUAGAGGUAGAUUCUGAAAGAGACUUGCAGGUUUUGGACGAAGAAGUUGAAGGAUAUAAAUUCUCCAAAACCUGGGAUAUGCCCAAGACCUUACGCAAAUGUUUGCAAGAUACAGAUGCAAACGGAAUCAGGAUCAGACAUAAGCUGAAAUUCAGAGUCCAACUUCAAAACCCCGAUGGACAUACUUCAGAGCUUCGCGCAACUCUCCCGGUUCACGUCUUUAUUUCCCCGAAUCUUCGAAUAGAUGAGCAUAAUAAUGUGAUCAACGGGAGUCGGGACACUGCGCGCGCUAUCGAUCUCUAUUUCUCCCAACAAGCACCUCCGCUGUACGGCGAACAUCAGUUUGACCUCCUUUACGGCGACUUAGAUCCGAAUGGCUAUUUCACCCCUGCUGAUUACAGUGGUGUGACUUCACCGUUUGGCUCGCGAAGCAGAAAUAUGUCUGCUGAAAAUCUUGCAACCCUACCAGGGCGUCGGCCAGAAGAUCUUUGUGCGCAAGCACUGCAUAGUCGAUUAGCUGAUCUCCAUGUCAACGGAUCGGGCCCUACAACACCGCCACCCGAAGCCCUCGAUACCAUGGGAGAUGAGCUCCAUCGGCGAUCUUUUACUAAUACGGAUCGUCUUCCUUCGAUAAUGAGCGAACUUGAUGCUGCGUCGCCCGAGGGUUCAGGACGUUCGUCGGAAGAAGGCCAUGUUCCGUCCGGCGCUGCCACACCUCACCCACAAAUCAGAGAAGUAGAGGACCUAUGUCGCGUGCCUAGUUAUUCCACGGCUCUUCGAUCCAGCGCGAAGACAUUUUACGAUGGGACACUCCCGGAUUAUCAUGCAGCUACUGCGUCUGGAGCGACUCCUCCACGAAGAGUUCACCCAACGCAUUCUCGAAGAACUAGUCGGCUCUUUGGGCUUCUCGAGACACCGGUUCGAUCCAACUUUUCGCUUCAUAAUCGGAGUACGAGCCGUGGUGAUUCGGACACAGAAAAUCAACUUCGGAUGAUACAAGCGCGUGGUAGAAAUUAACCCGACCAUCCCCUCGAAUGUGUUUGGUGUGUUAAAUUUCCAAUGCUCUUUCCCUUCAUCCCUUUAUUCUUUUACGGUCCUUCUCUCUAUACCUUUUUUUCACGAUUAUUCACGAAUAUACGAUUGACUUGCAUUGCUAUGGCGUUGAGGCAAUUGUUAAUGACCUGGGUCGGGUCACUGAAGAUAGAGCCCAUCCAACUAUGCUUGCUUUUAACAAAUAUGGGUGUAUUUGGCGUGAUUGUUAUUCGGGGAACUCCCUGGGAUCAACGAACUGUCGAGGUGUUUAUUCGCAUAGGUGUUAGGGAGAUGAAUGGUGAGUAGGCUUGGGCUGGCGUGUUUUCGCGCAACUCUUCUUCUGGCAAACUCUUGUAGCAUGGGAGCAAGCAGGAAAAUGGCCAUUGUGGAUGGGAGACCCUAUGUACAGUACAUUAUGUGUAACUAUAUGCCAGUACAUAGCAACACCCGUCAUAACAGUUAACUACCAUUGCUA